CCAUCCGCGACUGACCACAAGGAACAAGGAGGAAGAUGGAUGCGAUUACGUCGACGAUGCGGAGCCGAGCGGUGACGCGGGCGGUCGCUGGUGGCCUGCUGCUGCUUCUGGCGGCGUUCUGCUUUGCGUCCGCGGCUGGCGGUGACAGCGCCGCGACCGUGGAUGCGACGACGACGCCAGAUGCAACAAAGCUGCCCGUCCCGGACAACGCUGACACGGACAACGGUGCAGGCGAUGCGGACGCUUCCAAGGCACAGACCGGCUUCUUGACAGCAACCCUCUUGACCGACGUUGCCCUGCUCAUCAUGGCCAUCACUCCAAUCUACUUUGGCGCCUGGGAAUCCAUCUCCGCCAUCCAAUUCGAAUUCGUGCAGGCCGCAGAGAUGAAACGAGAGGCGGACACGCUGUCGCAGUCCGAUGUGCUGCAGUUCCCAAUCUACGCAUCCUGCAUGCUCGUCGGCCUCUACGCCCUCAUCAAGCUGAUUGGGCCGGAGUAUGUGAACAUGCUGCUCACAGCGUACAUCACCAUCUUGGGCGUCGCUGCCGUCAUUCGCGUCUUUGCGCGUGUGCUGACCGCUGUCCUGCCAGCGCGGCUGCUGGGCCACCCCUACCACCUCACCCUCAUCCACGAGCACCCAGAAGCAGGUCCCACGUCGGAGCCGAUGCUUGACGUCAAGUUCACGAAUGCGCACGUGGCCGCCAUUCCGCUCGCCCUCGCCCUCUCCGUCUUCUACCUCAUCACCAAGCACUGGGUGGCGAACAACGUGUUUGCGCUCUCGUUUGCGGUGACUGGGAUUGAGUUUAUGCCGCUGAACAACUUCAAAAUUGCUGCCAUUCUCCUCGGCGGCCUCUUCAUCUACGACAUCUUCUGGGUGUUUGGCACAGACGUGAUGGUGACUGUUGCCAAGAGCCUCGACGCACCCAUCAAAAUUGUGUUCCCGCGCGAUUUUAUGGAGAAGUUCUUUGGCGGACAGCAGCACGCCAUUCUCGGACUCGGCGAUAUCGUCCUCCCAGGCGCCGUCCUCGCGUUCCUCCUUCGCUUCGAUCAAUCCCGCAAGCCUGGCUCCUGCCUGUACUUCCUCGCCACGUACAUUGCGUACAUCCUCGGGCUGGUCGCCACCUACAUUGUCAUGCACGUGUUCCACGCUGCGCAGCCGGCGCUGCUGUAUCUCUCCCCCGCGUGCAUCGGCGCCCCCGUCCUCCUCGCCCUCGCUCGCGGCGAAUUCAACCAGCUCCUCAGCUACUCUGAUGAGGGCGCGUUCACGCCCGCCGGCGCCGACAGCAAGACGGGCAGCGAGAAGAAGAAAGAGUAGUCAUAGCACACGCUCACAUGCACACAUGCACACGUGCACACUUGGUGAUGAUGCUUCCACAGUGCUUGCUUGCUUGAUGGCGUAAACGCUUUGCCUUUGAGGUGAGUAAAGAGAGCAUGCGGCACA